GGAAAAUUUAAAAAGAGAGAAACCGACGUAAAAGAAGAAUCUCUCGGGAGUCUGCCCAAAAACCUGUCAAAAGUCACAUUCCAACAACGAACCGAGGUUCCAGUUCGACAUGAAGAAGAAGAAGUCAAUGCGGGAGUCAAAGAGUGGCGACAACACCCAGGAGUGUUGUGCUCUGUGUAGCUGCAGUGACGAUGAUCCAGCCCUCUUUGGAGAAAAGAUCAGAGUCGAGGAGCACAACCUGUUUGUUCAUUACUUCUGUUUGCUGACGUCCUGUGGAAUUUAUCAGCGUGGAGAAGAUGACGAGGGCGUCUUUGGUUUUCUGGUCAGCGACAUUAAAAAGGAAAUCCGACGUUCAUCUCGAUUGAAAUGUAUUGGCUGUCAGAAGAAAGGGGCGUGUGUGGGCUGCAACGUGUCAAACUGCAGGAGGAUGGUUCACUUUCCCUGCGGGAGAAAACUCCAGUUUGUGUCUCAGUUUACCGGACUCUUCCCGUCGUACUGUGAUCGUCACAGUCCCUCCCAGAGUCUGACUUCAGGUCUGGACCACAGUCUUCCUCAGUCGUGCUCCAUCUGUCUGGACGUCCUUGAACCCGUCCUCUCCUAUUCCGUCCUCAAGUGUCCCUCCUGCCACAACAGCUGGUUCCACCGAGACUGUGUGCAGCGUCAGGCCCACAGUGCGGGCCUCUUCUUCUUCAGGUGCACUCUGUGCAACAACAAGGAGAACUUCCAGGAGGAGAUGAUCCGACUGGGAAUCUACAUCCCAGAGAGAGAUGCCUCCUGGGAGAUGGAGGAGAAUGCGUACUCGGACCUGCUGGAGGUUUACACUCACUGCGACGCUUCGAUUUGCGUCUGUGACGACGGGCGCAGCCACUCGGCGGUGAGCGGGUGGUUCAAGGUCAUCCGGUGCCAGCUGUGUGGAUCCAGAGGGACUCACAGGAAGUGCUCCGACCUGAGGCUGAACAGCAGUGACUGGGCCUGCAGCGUGUGCACGCAUCGCUCCGACGGACGAGCCUCGCUGGUUUCUUCUCCGCAGGUGGAGCAGAGGAAGAGUCUCCGGUGCAAACGCCACCUGUCGCCGCUUCGCUCCCCCAUCAGCAGCAAGAGAUCUGGAUCCCCUUUGGAGCUCCUGCAGUCUCUGGUCCCAAAGCUCCGCCCUCUGUCCGUGCAGGUGGAGGUGUGUGAAGACCAGGCUCUGAGGGCGGGACUGGACCUGGUCAGGAGGAUUGACUUCGACCCCGCGUGCAAUCUGUCCAUCAGGUUCACCGGCACAAAGCUCACUCCGGUUCCCAGAAGCCUUUUGGAUGACGACACAGCCUGGCGGUACUUCCUGAAGCUGCUGGUGCAGCAAAUCCAGGAUUGUGAGGUGUUCGAAGGUCCAGAGUCACAUAAAAACCUGCGAUUGGACUCUCAGGCUGUCAGAGAUGACCUGUACUUUGACAUCGGGGUCCUGCUGGCUCUGGUUCUGGUCCACGGUGGCUUUCCAGUCUCCUUCUUCUCCCGGGCCCUCUACCAGUGUCUCUUUAACCACCCGGCCAACUGCCCGCUCACUGCUGCCCACAUGACGCCCGACACACACAUCACCCGCCAAGUGUGCCGGAUUGCAGCGGCAGUGACUCUGGACGAGCUGCACCACGUGAUGGAGGAGAGCCGCGACCUGUUGGAGCUCGCCGGCUGUAACCAGCCAAUCAGCAGCCUGGAGGAAAGAGAGGCGCUGGUGGAGGAUCUGGUGAGCUUCACCAUGAUCACCAGGAUGCAGCUGCCACUGAAGAGGUUUCGAGAGGGUCUGCAGACGUUGGGCGUCUUUGAACAAGUGCUGCUCUUUCCGUCACUGUUCUUUGAGGUUUUCUGCCAACCUGACGAUCAGCUGACAGCUCAGACGGUGGCUCAGCUCUUCACCUUCAGAUUCUCCGAGCGGAAGGAGAAGCUGAACCAGGAGAUGCCCGUCGCCUCCUUCUGGAGACACUUUCUCAUGGAGUGUGAAGUUGGACGGAGCUCCAUCCCCUUGCAGGACCUCCUCCGGUUCUCCACAGGAGCCCAGGAGCUUUCAGCUGUCGGCCUCUUCCCUCCUCUCUCCAUCUCCUUCCUCCACCCUGCAAGCUCCGAGGAGCAAGAACAAGGAGCAGCAGGAAGAAGAACACAAAGAAGAAAAGCAAACGAUAAGAAGAAGAGCGAGGGAGGUCUUUUCCCUCAGAGCCAGCCUGGAUCCAGGCUCCUCCUCCUGCCCAUCGCCGCCUCGUAUGCGGCCUUUAAGAGCGCCAUGGAGCAGGCGAUCAGCCACCACGUACAUCUCCUGCCCUCAGAAAGUUAGAGGAGGUGCAGAAGGAGCAUGUUGCCAGCGGAUGGAGAUUGUGGGAGAUUUUCAGCUUCGUUUCUCCAUCCUGGACUGAGUUUGAAGUGUUUCUGUUGGUUCUGUUGUUUGU